AUAGAUUGCGCAGUUAUUCUCGACCGUUAGUUCUGCUAGCGGUUGCUGAAAGAAGGCUGAGGCGGGAUCGCUGCCGGGAAGGACUGAGAAAAGCAAAAUGGUGGAAGCAGAUCGGCCUGGGAAACUCUUCAUAGGAGGCCUCAGUGCUGAGACCAAUGAAAAGUCUCUGGAAGCCAUAUUUGGGAAAUAUGGUCACAUUGCAGAAGUUCUUUUGAUGAAGGAUCGGGAAACAAACAAGUCCAGAGGCUUUGCUUUUAUUACUUUUGAGAACCCUGCAGAUGCUAAGGAUGCUGCCAAAGAUAUGAAUGGGAAGUCUUUGGAUGGUAAAACAAUCAAAGUAGAGCAAGCUAACAAACCGUCUUUUGAGAGUGGUGGUAGACGGAGAUCACAACCUCCUGCAAGAAACAGGGGCAAUCCAAGAAAUCUGAGUUGUGGAAGAGGAGGAAGUGGAGGAGCAAGAGGACGUCCCUCACGUGGAGGACACUUGGAUGAUGGUGGAUAUACUCUUAAUCUCAACAUGAGUUCUUCCAGGGGACCUUUUCCAGUUAAAAGAGGUCCAACCUCACGAAGUGGAGGUCCUCCUCCUAAAAGAUCUGCUCCUUCUGCUCAUGGACGAAGCAGUGGUGGGAUGGGAGGACGAGCUCCAGUAUCACGUGGGAGAGAAAAUUAUGGAGGUCCUCCUCGCAGAGAGACAGGCUCUUCUCGGAGAGAUAACUACAUGUCACCAAGAGAUGACAGUUAUGCUACUAAAGAUAGUUACUCGAGCAGAGAUUAUCCAAGUUCCCGUUAUACCAAGGAGUAUGCUCCACCACCUAGAGACUAUGCAUACCGUGAUUAUGGACAUUCGAGUUCUCGGGAUGAACAUUACUCUAGAGGAUAUAGUGAUCGUGAUGGCUAUGGUGGGGGUCGUGAGAGAGAUUAUUCUGACCAUCCAACUGGAGGCUCAUACAGAGAUUCGUAUGACAGUUAUGGUAGCUCUCGUGGUGCACCACCAGCCCGAGGGCCCCCUCUGACUUACGGCGGAAGCAGUCGCUAUGAUGAUUACAGCACUACUAGAGAUGGAUAUGGAGGAGGUCGGGAAAGUUACUCAAGCAGCCGGAGUGAUAGUUACUUAAGUGGUCGUGAGCGCGGUGGCAGACAAGAACGAGGGUUUCCAUCCUCCAUGGAUAGGGGGUAUCCAGCUCCUCGUGAAUCCUAUAGUAGCUCUGGAUAUGGGGCUUCCAGAGGAAGUCGUGGGGGAAGCCGAUCUGAAAGAGGAGGCCGAAGCAGAUAUUAAAAAUAGUUAAUGUACUAAAUUUCUUUAAAAGGAAAAAUUUAGAAGUUUAUUUAGAAAAAUAUAUACUUUUAGUACUUCUAGAAGAAACAUGUUAGUUUGGGGGGAAAAGACAUUAACUUGCCCUCCAUGAAUUUUUCAGAUAAGAUUAAAAAAAUGGAAUAGUUUAACAUAUUUUCAUAAUUGUUUAUGUUAAUUGAAGUUAUAUUUGCAUUGAAUGUUAAAAUUCUCAGAGUAAAAAAUUUCAUGAAAUGCUUUUGUCUGAUUUUACUGCUUAAGCAUAAAAGCAUUUGGAGGGUGAAUUGUGCUGUUGGCCUAAGAUUUCCCUUUAUCUUUUAGCAUAACUGCAUCUGUAUUGCAGUAUUCUUCACAAGCUGUGCCUGUUUUCCAGUUAGGCUAAAUGAAUUACGUGUUGUUUGAUAAGGUUUGAGAAGUCUGAAGGGUGCAAAACAAUGUUUGCCUCAUUACUGUAGUUUUGUG